CGACAGUUCCAUAAACGCGAUGAGUUCACAUCGCGAUGUUGAAGGCGGUUUAGUGGUAGAUGAGCGUACCGCCUUGCUCACGCACGAUGCCUUGCAUCACGACACAAGCGCAUCUCCAGAUGGCGGAGAUCCACUCUCUGAGCCACCUAAACCUAUCUCGGGGAGGUUGCAGUACGUGUGGAAAGGAGCUGGAGUAGUAAUCGCUUUACUUGCCAUCGCGGUGUUUGUGAAGGGAUGGACAAGCGCGGAUGACCUCGAUUUUGACUUAAAAGGCGCCCUGAAACGAGCGUUGGGUGGUGGCCUUAGCGGCGCAGCCGCGAUGGUCCUUCAGGUUUUACUGUUGAUGCCCAUUCGAACCAUCAUGAAUUACCAAUACCGUCAUGGAACAUCAUUAUCCGUCGCGACGAAAACACUGCAUCAAGAUGGGGGGUUAGGACGAUACUAUCAGGGCAUGGGAGCUGCUCUCGUUCAAGGUCCUGUUGCUCGCUUCGGGGACACGGCCGCCAAUGCUGGUAUCCUGGCCUUACUUCAAUCUAACGGAUAUCUAAAACAACUUCCCUCACCGAUCCAGACGGUUUUUGCUUCCUGCUGCGCUGCGGCGUUCAGAAUGCUGCUCAUGCCCAUUGACACGCUGAAAACCACGCUCCAAGCUCAGGGUCCCCGCGGUACCGCUCUACUCCGGCAGCGCAUCCGAACCGAUGGGGUUGGGAGUCUUUGGUGGGGUGCUUUCGCGACUGCUGCUGCGACGUUUGUCGGACAUUAUCCUUGGUUUGCGGUAUACAAUUUCCUCUCCGACACUCUUACCGAGCCAUCCAAGGAACAAAUCGGAUGGUGGUUGCUUCGAGCGGCAUUUAUCGGGUUCUGUGCGUCCGUUGUGUCAGACACGAUUUCGAAUUCGCUGAGGGUUGUGAAAACGUAUAGACAGGUCAAUGAUACGAGGAUAUCGUAUGCUGAAGCUGCAAGACGGGUUAUUCGUCAAGAUGGAAGGUUGGGACUGUUUGGACGGGGCUUGAGGACGAGGAUUCUUGCGAAUGGAUUGCAGGGGAUACUCUUCUCCAUCUUAUGGAAGCUGUUUCUGAAGAUCUGGGAGAACAAGACGGGUGGAGGCGGAUAGGCCCGCUGAGCUUCAUGAGGACUUAACCAGUUUCGACUAAGCUGUAGGGUUCGAUUUCGUCAGUUCUGUUCUGAUGUUAACAGACGCGUCGCGAAAGCGUGCGAGUAAAGUAGUGAGACUAUGAUCUUGCAUAGACGGUUGAAAAGUUUCAUAGAAUCGAUCGUUCGAUCACUUCGUCAAUAUUGAAAAGUGGUGGUCAACGGCCCUCAGAUCAAGCAUGAUAAGACUUGUCGCAACACAUUGUAUGGCACAGUUGAGCGAUUGCUUAGGUGUGACGGACUACUGCACCUCCCUCGAC